UGAGAGUUCAGGAGGGGCGGAGCAUUGUACGAACCACCUCGCCUUUUUUCUCCUCGCGUGUUUUGCAAAAGGAAUCGCGGUAAUAACGGGCUUCUGCAGUAUGCUUUCGUGACAUUGCGUGGGACGCUUGAAAAGGCCAAUUAUAAUCAUAGUCCGAUAAUGAUACGAACUAGUAUAAACAACGGUUCAAGCUGUGCAGCACUACUAUUGAGAUGCACUGCGAGCUCUUCCUGGAUUAUCAACGUUACUUCAAGACAUAAACACAGCUCAUACGAUGUGGCGAUUGUGGGAGGAGGCAUCGUGGGUCUGGCCACGGCGAGAGAGCUGAUCCUCAGGCACCCCACGCUCAGCUUCGCCGUUCUGGAGAAGGAGAAAGAGCUAGCUAUGCACCAGAGUGGCCACAACAGCGGGGUGAUCCACAGUGGGAUCUACUACACCCCGGGGUCCCUCAAGGCCCGGCUCUGUGUACGGGGUGCAACUCUGGCCUACGAAUACCUGCAGAAGAAGGGGAUCCCCUACAGGAAGUGUGGCAAGCUGAUCGUUGCCGUGGAGCGGGAGGAGAUUCCCAGGCUGAAUGCGCUUUAUGAGCGCGGGCAGAAGAACAACGUGCGCGAGCUCACCAUGGUCGACGCCAAAGGGAUACGGGAGCGGGAACCGUACUGCAGGGGCCUGAUGGCUUUGGACUCGGCCUAUACUGGGAUUGUGGACUGGCGCCUUGUGUCCCUCACGUAUGCCAAGGAUUUCCAGGAAGCAGGUGGCACCGUAACCACAGAGUUCGAAGCCAACGACAUCGCCAUGGUGACGGAGAGCCCUGCUGACACGACUGACGGAAUGAAGUUUCCUAUUGCAAUCCGAAGUUCUACGGGGGAGGAGGUGCGCUGUCGCUAUGUCCUGACCUGCGGAGGUCUGUACUCCGACCGCCUGUCCCAAAUCUCGGGCUGCAGUCCCGAACCUCGUAUUGUACCCUUCCGGGGCGACUACCUGGUCCUGAAGCCGGAGAAACACUACCUGGUGAAGGGAAACAUCUACCCAGUUCCUGACCCGCGUUUCCCCUUCCUUGGGGUUCACUUCACCCCUCGAAUGGACGGCAGUGUGUGGCUGGGACCCAACGCUGUCCUCGCUUUCAAGCGCGAGGGGUAUCGCGUGUUCGAUUUUAACCUUCGGGACUUUGCAGACGCAAUGUCUUUCAGGGGUCUUCAGAAGCUGGUGUUGAAGAAUGUUAUUUUCGGAAUGGGGGAGAUGUACAGAGGAAUAUUCAUCCAAGCUCAGGUGAAAAUCCUGCAGAAGUAUAUCCCGGAGCUUUCUUUUAGCGAUGUGCUACGGGGUCCCGCAGGGGUCCGGGCGCAGGCCCUGGACCGGGCCGGGAAUCUGGUGGAUGACUUCGUGUUCGACGGGGGCGUAGGGGAGGUGGCCAGCAGAGUCCUCCACGUCCGCAACGCCCCGUCCCCGGCAGCUACGUCCUCAUUGGCCAUCGCGGAAAUGAUCGCCGACGAGGUGGAAAGCCGCUUCUCCCUGUAGCGAUCAGUGAUUGGCCCGUUCGUGUGCAGCUUGUAUCACCAAAGACCCCCAAAUAAGCCCUUUCAUACACUGUGACCACUUUAUUAGGUAGACCUGUACACCAGCUUGUUAAUGGAAAUAUCUAAUCAGCCAAUCAUGCGGCAGCAACUUGAUGUAUGACAGCAUGCAGACAGGGUCAAGAGGUUCAGUUGUUGUUCAGACCAAACUGGGAAUGGGGAAGAAAUGUGAUCGAAGUGACUUUGACUGUGGAAUGAUUGUUGGUGCCGGACGGGGUAGUUUGAGUAUCUCAGAAACCGCUGAUCUCCUGGGAUUUUUAUGCACAAUAGUAUCUAAAGUUUACAGACUUUUUACAUGGUGCCAAAAACAAGAAGCGUCCAGUAAGAGGCAGUUCUGUGUACGAAAACACCUCGUUAAUAAGAGGGUUCCAAGGAGAAUGCCCAGACUGGUUCAAGCAGACAGGACGGUGACAGUAACUCAAAUCACCAAGCAGUACAACGGUGGUAUGUAGAAGAGCAUCGCUGAACGCACAAUCUGUCAAACCUUGCAGUGGAUGGGCUACAGAAGCAGAAGAUUUUUUAAGAAUGAAAGAAGCCUAAUAGAUAUCUAAUAAAGUGGUCACUGAGUGUACAUAACAUGACCACUAGUGCAAGCACCAAUGGACACUAUGUGUGAUUGCAGCAGUGCCCGGGGCAGUAAUAAGUAUUACAAAGGGAGUAUAGGGAACACUACUCAGGUUGUCCAGUCUUUAAGAAUCGCUGCUAUUAAUUCCAGUCAUGGCGGUCCUUCAGGCAUUCAGUUGUUGAGGACAUGAGGACAGAAAAUGGGUACUUAACUGGGAAAAAAAAUUGACACUAAAAGUAAGCAAUAAUAAGUGACUGUUUUUGUGUGAUACUUCAUAAUUAUGUUCAAUUGCCAUUCCCCGUUUUUUUAAAUAGCACUUUGGAUAAUGCUUGUCAUUAAUUUCAAAACAAACUUGCCUGACGACAUUCAUGAUUUUGUCUGAAUCUAGUUUAUUCUGAAUUAAUUGUUGUUCAUAAUGAGACUGAUUUGUUGAUAAUGUUGCUUUUGCAACAUACUUACCUAUCUAUAUCUAUAAAGUUUUUUGUUUUUUUGUCUUCCAUUUUUUUGUUUCUUUUGAAAAUAACUGUUCCGCACAACUUUGGGGAUUCAUAGGCAAUUACAAUUUGCUACUUUGAGAUGCUGUUAAAAUGCCUCAAAAUGGAUCCUGAGUCUUCACUGAAUCAAGCUGAUAAAAUGUACGAAAUGUGUUGUAUAAGUUAAAAGAAUUCUGGAUGUUCUACCUCUGCUGUGUAGUUAUCAUUUUACAGAGAGACAUCCCAGUAUAUCUUUUAAAAUUGCCUAUUGACAGACGGAGACCCUACCAGCACUGCCUUAACUGUACCAUACGCCUUUUAACAUGGUUGGGCCUGUUUAUGCUAGAAACUUGCAUCUACUGUCUGGAAAGAAUAGUUUUUUUAAAAAAUAUGUACAUUGGUUCGGAACCUGAUCCAUGGUUUAAAUAAAUCAGUGCAACUCUUACAUGAAAAAAAAUGUUUUCUGAGAAUAUUUUAGCCGGGCUCUGCCUCUAAUUCUGAAUUAGAAUUUUGGUGUGUUGGUGUACUGCUAUUAUUCUACUAAGUGAUUUACUAAAUAUAACAUUUGAGAAGGAACAAGAUUGGGUCUCCAUCCAGUCAAUUGUUUACCUGACAAAGACUGGUCACUUGGAAGCAUAACAGCUGUGUGCUGGUACUUCAGCUCAGGUGGUAAGAGCAGUUGUCCGGCAGUCGGGGGGGUGUCGAAGUGUCCCUGAGCAAGAUACCUAACCUGCUCCUGACGAGCUGGUUAGAUGCCUUGCGUGGCAGCCAAUCGCCAUUGGUGUGUGAGUGUGUAUGAAUAGGUGAAUGAGAAGCAUCAAUUGUACAGCGCUUUUGAUAAAGGUGCUAUAUACAUGCCAUUUAUCAUAUUCAUCUGUAUUAUUCUGUUAUUAUUAAUUUGCAUAAUCCUGAAAUUAUGGAUUUGUGGAUGCCUCAAACUGUACUGUUCAGUAUACAUAUAUGAACUGUAUUCAGUGCAAUUCCCGAUUCCCACAUUCAGGUGUGUCAUUAAUGUCAGUAUGAAAAGUCCAAGGGUCAUUCUGUUUAUAUCUUGGAAGAACAAUUAUGCCUGUACCAUAGUGUCUCAAUCGCUGUUAUGAUUUUUACUUGGUCUGAAGAGAAGACUUCCCCCUACUGGUCCACCAACACCGCAUCCUGGAUUUCCCCAAUUUGCUCCUAUGCAUGUACUGCCGAGGUCCAGAUCACUUCGCCUACAAGACUGAAGAAGGUUACGAGGUGAUUACGAUCAUACACUUCAACUUGACCUGUAUUUUGUGUUGAAUGUGCAUAUCAAGGACAUGAAUAUAACUAAGGAACCCAGAGAUCCUAAUAAGACUACCAAAGGAACUCGACUUCCCACAACCACAUACUCAAAUUGUUUCUUGACUUCUGAACGUCAGAAUAUAUUAUGAACCCUAUCUGAGUUAUCUGAGCUUUUUUAGGUUCCUGAAUGAUGGUCAUGAGUGCCAUUAAGCUCAAUCUCUUUA